AGGGGGCGGAGCUGCCGCUAAGAGACGGCGCGGGAGCCUCUUCGCCAUGGCUGCGGGGCCGAUUUCCGAACGGAACCAGGAUGCCACUGUGUACGUGGGGGGCCUGGACGAGAAGGUCAGCGAACCACUCCUGUGGGAACUCUUUCUCCAGGCAGGGCCCGUGGUCAACACGCACAUGCCAAAGGAUAGAGUCACUGGCCAGCAUCAGGGUUAUGGCUUUGUUGAAUUCUUGAGUGAGGAAGAUGCUGACUAUGCCAUUAAGAUUAUGAACAUGAUCAAACUCUAUGGAAAGCCUAUCAGGGUGAACAAGGCAUCAGCUCAUAACAAAAACCUGGAUGUAGGGGCCAACAUUUUCAUUGGGAACCUGGACCCAGAGAUUGAUGAGAAGCUGCUUUAUGAUACUUUCAGCGCCUUUGGGGUCAUCUUACAAACCCCUAAAAUUAUGCGGGACCCUGACACAGGCAACUCCAAAGGUUAUGCGUUUAUUAAUUUUGCUUCAUUUGAUGCUUCAGAUGCAGCAAUUGAGGCCAUGAAUGGGCAGUAUCUCUGUAACCGCCCUAUCACAGUGUCUUAUGCUUUCAAGAAGGACUCUAAGGGUGAGCGCCAUGGCUCAGCAGCUGAACGACUUCUGGCAGCUCAGAAUCCACUUUCCCAGGCUGACCGUCCUCAUCAGCUAUUUGCAGAUGCACCCCCUCCGCCUUCUGCCCCCAAUCCUGUGGUAUCUUCGCUGGGAUCUGGGCUCCCUCCACCAGGAAUGCCACCUCCUGGGUCCUUCCCACCUCCAGUACCGCCUCCUGGAGCCCUCCCACCUGGAAUACCCCCAGCCAUGCCCCCACCACCUAUGCCUCCUGGGGCUGGAGGACAUGGCCCCCCUUCAGCAGGAACUCCAGGGGCUGGACAUCCUGGACAUGGACAUUCACAUCCACACCCAUUCCCACCAGGUGGGAUGCCCCAUCCAGGGAUGUCUCAGAUGCAGCUGGCCCACCAUGGCCCUCAUGGCUUAGGACACCCCCAUGCUGGGCCUCCAGGCUCUGGGGGGCAGCCUCCACCCCGCCCACCACCUGGAAUGCCUCAUCCUGGACCUCCCCCAAUGGGCAUGCCCCCCCGAGGGCCUCCGUUUGGAUCUCCCAUGGGUCACCCCGGUCCUAUGCCUCCACACGGUAUGCGUGGGCCCCCUCCACUGAUGCCUCCCCAUGGUUACACUGGCCCUCCUCGACCCCCACCCUAUGGCUACCAGCGGGGGCCCCUCCCUCCACCCAGACCCACUCCUCGGCCUCCAGUUCCCCCUCGUGGCCCACUUCGGGGUCCUCUCCCUCAGUAAAUUCUCCUUCCUCUUUUUAUAUCUGCCCUACAUCCUUUCCAUAUCUUGGACCAGUCAGAAUUGUGAUAGCUCCGUGGGGCUAAUAUACUAAUCACUUAGCUUCUGCCCCCUCUCCCCCUUUUUAAUGUAAAUUUUUUAAAGGAGGCUUUUUUGUGUUUUUUUUUUUUUAAAUGUUGGUCCUAAGUGUUUUGCAGAUGGCUCAGAGGAAAUAAAACUAUACUCCUUGUUUA